AUGGCAUAUGGCAUAUUGAAUGAGCAUGACACCAAUAUCUUACUCUCAUCGGAUGGCAAUCUAAUAUGUGAAAAAUGUUCAUACAAUUGUAGCGUUUGCAAAAAACCUAUAUUGGAUGAGACAAUUAUGACAGGCGACGAGUCUUUUCACGUUGAUUGCUUUCGUUGUCGUCAGUGUCGUUCCAAGAUUGAUGAUUUAGUAUUUGCGAAAACAAAUCAGACAAAUCUCUACCCUCUUUACCCGAUGAGGCUUCAAGGAUCGUCUUUGGAAUCUGCUGAUUCUAUACCAAAAUCUCAUACUCUUCCUAUCUCUGAAGAUGCUGGCAUAAAUCGUCGUCAUUCUCGACUAUUUGAUAGCCAGCUUGCUGAUAUCCUUAAGAAUAAAACUGGAAAACUUAAUGGUCAUCAACGUUCCGAUGAUAAACAAAAAUCGCGUGAGGAUCUACCAAAAAAACACGGUAUUUUCUCAAAAAGGAAUGAUUCUAUAGAAAAUCUUGCGAGAAUGUUUCCUUCCAAGAAUCGCGGCGAAACAAAUGAAAAACAUUCUAGAAAUGCUUCCAUCACAAGUUUACGGAGCGAACCUUACGACGGUUCCAAUCAUACCUUGUCUCUUAAUAGUAAUUAUAGUGAUAAAAUGGAACUUUGGUCAAAAAGUAUGCAUAGGAAAAUUGACUCUUCAUCUUCAAUAAAGAAAAAAAAUUUACCAAAUCAACAACAAUUACCUCACAUUGAUGAGCGAUCAAAUUCUUUUUCACCUAACGAAGUUCCUUCUUAUUCAACUUAUUAUCCGGCACAUUCAAAUUCUCCAUCAACUCCUUCUUCAAAUUCCCCUACGAGUCCAGAUUUUCCUUCAUCUACUAAUAACGACGUAACUCCUCGCAAGGCUGCUUAUGAUAGUGGUCCGCCUGUUUUACCUCCUUUAUCCUUCUCUGAUAAAACUAACGAUGGAAAUCUCGAUGAUGCUUUGUCUGAUAUAAAAAUUGAAUCUGAUUUAAAGAUAGAACCUAGUCUAUUUACUGCUGACUUUUCCGAUGAAAGAAGUUUUAAAUCACAAACCGGUUCUAUAAAGACUGAAUCUAUUGGUGAUAAUUCUCCUGGUGAAUCCCCUAUGUCACCUGAACGAAAAGAUAGUAUGUCGUCUUUGACUUCUGCUUCUAGUAAGGAAAAUGAAAUAAUUAUUAUUGAGCCUGAAGAUACUUCACCUGAAGAAUUGAAAAAACAAUUAUUUGAAUUAAAAAAGAAGUUGGCCGAAUCUGAAAGCAAUUUUCGAAAGAUUAAAAGAGUUAGUCAGAGAGCAUUCGAUGAUUUUAGAAUGGUUAAAGAAGAUUUUAAUACCGAAGUUACUUUGCGACGUAAAGCUGAAGAAAUUGUUGAAAGUUUGCGUUCUGAACUUGAGCUUCAACAUAAAACUUUAGAAGCUGCAAAAUUAGAUAGAGAACAUUUUGAAAAGAUUCUAAAAGAUUCAAAGUUAUCAAUGGACCAGCUGCAAUUAUUACAAAAUGAGUUGAAAGAAUUGAAUCUGCAAAAAGAGAUUGCAAUUAAUGAAUUAGAAGUAUUAACUAAAGAAAAGCAAGCUGGUCUUGCUGAGAACACUCCAAAUGUAUCAAAUAAUCUUCCAGGUUCUAUCGCAAAGCAUUUAUCAACCCAAUUUGAUUUAGUCAAACAAAAUUACCUGACCGAUAUUAAAUCACUUCAAAUGGAAAAGGACUCGUUAUUACAGGAAACAGAAGAACUUCGAAACAAACGAGACCAAUAUAGUGAGGAGAUGAAACUUCUAAACGCCAAGAAUUUGGAACUUAUUGAAAUGAACAAUGAACUAGUACGGCAGAUUGAAGUACAUAGUAAAGGAAAAGUUGCAAAUAAAAUUUUCAAAAAUAAUAAAACAUCUCCUUAUAUUGAUCCCGAAUGUACGGACGCUCCAAUUGUCUCUGUGCGGAACGUUGAUCGUCGUAAUAGUACAGUUGUUACGCAACCAAAAGUGUUCCAAUGGAUAGCUAGAAAAGGAAAAGGAAAAUUCAAUAAAUUUUUAGGAAGCGCACAUGUUAUUGGCUUGCCAGCACAUACUAAUGAUAACCGAGAAGAGGCGAAAAAGAAAAUGAUAAACCAAAUGUUUAUUAAUCAAGACGCUUAUCCAACUUAUCAUGGAGUGUCUACGGAACAUGAUAUUGAACACAAUAGUAUGUUUGGUCUUGAUCUUACAAAGCAGGCCGAAUUGGAUGGAGAUGAGGUGCCGUAUAUAGUAUUGAAGUGUAUAUUAGCCGUUGAACUUCGAGGAAUGGAUCUUGAAGGAAUUUACCGGAAAUCUGGUGGCGCUACGCAAAUGCGUGAAAUCAUAGCGGCUUUUGACCAAGGGAAAGAUUUUGAUCUAGAAACCCCUAAUCAAUUUAAUGAUAUCUGCGCGGUUACCAGCGUACUUAAACAUUAUUUGCGCGAACUACCAAAUCCUUUAUUAACAUUUGAAUUAUAUCAGGGUUUUCUAGAUUCAAUUGCUUUGGAAGAUGGUGAUGAAAAACUCGAAAAAUUCCGACAGCUUACGCAGAAAUUGCCAAAAGUUCACUAUUCUACUACAAGGCAUCUUAUGCUACAUUUGGACAGGGUCAGACAACAAGGUGCUGAUAACCGCAUGAAUGCUAAAAAUCUAUCUGUCGUAUUUGGGCCUACGUUGCUUCGCGGUCCAAAUCCUAGUAACGAAAUUUUCGACAUGAAUUCCAAAAACAUGAUAGUCGAAUACAUUAUUGAAAAUGUUAAUACACUUUUUCCAACACCAAGUAAUCAAAGUAAUCAGAAUAAUAUCGAAAGAAGAAAAGAUGGAUUCAUAUGA